AUGAGUAGUUUCAGAUCGGUAAUCAGUGGUGGUACAUCAAGUGCAUAUACCACUACUACCUCAUCAUCGCCCGCAUGCACUCCAUCCGUCGGUCGAUUAACAGAUCCGAGUACAAUAUCUCUGGUUAACACUCCUACUUCUGCGGCAAACAAUAGUAACACUAGUAUUACUCCUAGCAGCAGUAUUCCAUCCCCAGCUGAUCAGCAACAGCUCCGUACGCUAUCGUUACCUCAGAGCAAUCGUGGUGCCGCUCUUCCGCAAAAAUCCACUCAGCCAGCUCUUGUGAGAAAUCGGCAGAUCUUUUCACAGCAGUUGAUGCGUCAGAAUGCAGCGGCUCAAUUCAGCAGUGAACAACAACACCAACGGACUUCGUCGUAUUCUCCGUAUUCGAGUUCUAGUAAUUUGAUGAGUGUUGGUGCACAACGUUGGCGUCCGCAGCAACAACCUGGUAGUGCGGCACGUGUGCAGAACACCUAUAGAACCUACCCAACAACAUACGAAAUGCCUGAUCGUGUGCCAAUCUCACGAAACGUUUACAACGACUAUCGGCAUCAACGUGAAGACAGUAGUAGGGUAUAUCCAACCGCCGUCCCGAGCAGUGCUCGUUCUCGGCUUGUACCAUUGGAUCCUUCACCAAACAUUUACUUCUCAUCUCAACCGACUACUCAUUAUCGGAGUUACAUUAUGCCUCGACAGCAACAUUCCGCAAGGACAUCGGUACGUCGCAUUCCGUCGGUGACACGUCAUCCAGUUUCCGGUCAACGUCAACAGCAACCAUCAUCGGAAACGGCGGCUGCAGUUGCGAGUAUAGCGUCGUCGUUGGGUGAUGAUUCGAAGUCAUCACAAGAUACUCAAGACGAAGAUGCGGUGCAGAAUGAACUGAGUGCAGAUUUUGGUACUGUUAAUGUUGUACCAUCUGUGAGCGUUUUUCAUCAACCACCAAAACAAAUCGAUCAUUCAUCACAUCGAAAAGUUUCUGUCGAAUGCGCACCUGGACCAUCUUCGUCUGUAUCAGUCCCAUCACAGCGUGUUAAUAUCGCGUCAGUUCAUCGUCGUUUCCCGACUGCUUAUCAUCCGAACACGUCAUCAUUUAUCGGUCAAAAAACGACAGCCGAACGUUCCGAUUAUACGCAAUAUGAUACGAACAACGAACAGCAAACAAUGAGCACUAAUCCGUCAUCAUUUGGUGCUUCGACAAAGCCGAAAAUAUUGCCGUCAGUAGUUGCGAGAAGUGAUGCGAGUGUGAGUCGAGUGGUGAGAACUGAGCAAGACGUGCAGCCACUCGCAAAACAACAACGAACUGCUGGCGGUGAGGAUGGUUUGUCAUUACUGGCCGACACUGCAACUGCAUCGCAAGGUACAGUCGUUCAGUCGAUCGUUGUACAACGUCCAGUGCAAACUGCACAAAGCUUUGCUGAGACAGAUGAGCGAGCUCUCGUUCGUCAGUCUUCAUCACCGACCUCGAUGGAUGAUGAGGAUGCAUUUGAUCUUCCAAAAACCAUUCGAUCACAAAAAUUGCUAACACGAGAAUUACCGGCAGAUCCCGUGGCAGCAGCAUCACAGUUGAUCAAUUAUGGAUUCGAAUUGGAGGAUUCAGAUUAA